CGUUUUCUAAGUCCACAAAAAUUUCAAAAAAAACACAAUCUUUCUAUGAUGAUGGGAAAAAUUUCGUCUAAGUCUGCUUUCAUCAUCCUUUUAGCUUUUACUGUGAUGAUAUCCGUGACAUUUCAGAUUGCUGAGUCGAAACGUCUCUUACCUGAAGAAACUUCUCUGCAUCCUGAAGCUUCACUAUCGCAGAGAAGAGCAGGGAUGUUUGAGAGGAGCUGCCAUGGGGAUAACAAUUGCGAGAGAUGGAUGUUUGCAAUGAGAUGUGAGUUAUGCUUAGCUUCGAAUUCAAAUGCUGUUGUUUAUUGUUCUGCACACAACAAGCUUCUAUGCGAUGAUUGCGACCGGAUGACUCACGUUCAAGAGGCUACAGUACCACCGCAUUCAAGGUGUAAGCUUUGCGUAAACUGCAAGAGACCUUCUAGCAAAUUUCUCAUUGGCGGCUAUCAGUUUAAUUUGCCACGGAUUCAUCCUCCGGCGGCCGAGGAGAUUCCAGCGCCGGCCCCUAGAGAACUCCCUCAACAAGAUAUUAAUGGUUUUGAAGGUUAUGAUGAUUUUUUAUGAAUAAGGAUGAUGAAGUCAAGACGUGAACAAUCAAUUGAAGAUGCAAUCGUCGCAAAUUAUUUGAAGAUGAUGAUCGAUAACGUAAUCGUUUGGCCUCGUCACUUCCUCCGAAGCCAAGACGUGUACUGCAAGAAUCCAUGGACGCUUUUCGUUACUGGAGAUCCUAUGGUCGUACAAGCCGGAGGAUACUUCUUCGUUAACCGGAGUGUGAAUUCAGGUAAAACCGAUGGGUGUGAACACGGUUGUUGGAGAAUCGUUGGUCGUGAUAAAGUGAUCAAGUCGGUGACGACCGGGAAGAUUCUAGGGUUAAAGAAGGUUUAUAAGUUCUGUAAAACUGAGGAACCGAGAUCGUUUAUUAAGUUCGUGGAAAUGGAGAAGAGAAGAGAAAGAGAUAAAAGAAUCUGGACGAUGGAGGAGUAUAGGUUUGCAAGUGCGUGGAAACAAGAUUACGUGAUCUGCAAGAUUCGACUUCUUGAUCCACUGCCAUUUGAGUACAUGUUGUCUCACCAUAUUCGAGGUUACUAUAAGUGGUGAAUCAUUUGAUACGAUGAUCAUGCAUGGAUUUAAAGACUCGAUUUAUGUUUUUGGAUUCUAGUUAUUGAAUCGGUUUUCUGGGAGUUCAUGUAUUCUCAUUAUCAAGUUUCUUGAUUUCUCGUUCCUCUCUGUUCAAUCUUUAUGUUACUAUAAAGUCUGAAAAGAAAG